UUACUUCGAGCAGAAAAGAGAACAAGGUGCGAUUCGAAAGUAUAUAACUCACUGACAGUGCCCGUCAAGGACAGUUGCAGCCCAUAUACACGUGUUUGACGCACGUGAUGUUACAGACGUGAUCGUCUUACAUCUGUGGACCGUCUCGAGUGAACGCUGCCAGUGUAACUGUCAGCUGACUGUAAGAGGACACCGCGGUUCGACAGGUGUCAUCGCCCCUAAGGGAUCAACCCCGUCUGCCACAGCUGAACAGUUGGAACACUGGACAGUGUCAUGGGGUGAUAAGAAAGUUAAAUUCAGACACCCUUGACCGGUCAGUCUUUGGACAUCAAAGAUGGACAGAUAUGAUGAGGACAUUUAUGACAACCCGUUCUUUGUCACCCUUACGACAAAGUUUACGGAUGUAUAUGAGGAGGCCACAAGCAAGCGAUGGACAUUGUGUGUUCCCAAGUACGCUUCUGUGGUAAAAGAGCCAAGCUUUUCUCGUGAAGACAUCACGGAGCACGUUGUGUUACAGUUACAGGAUGGAGGCGAGGAAUUCAAGAGCUUUUCUAACAAGAAACUGACCAUUAGCAAUGGAAAUGUCAACGUUUUACCGACAGACACAGAACCAACUAAAACGGUUCCCAUUUUGUUUGAAGAGAUUUUCUACAACAAUAACAACGAGAGUUUCCGGGUCUUGUGUAUCAACUGUCUACUCAACAGAAGCGGAGUGGAGUCAGGCUCUGACCAGAAGGAGAAGAUCACUAAACGACCCGCUUCAUUUGAUGACUGCAAGGAAAUCUUGUUCGGACAUCCAGGUGGAAAGAAGACUGAAGACACACUCAGUAGACUUCUGGAGUCGUUUAGUUUGUCAUAUACAAGACUGCGAGGCGAGAGUUUUAGGAGUUUAGUGGAUGCGGCCAACGCACAAUUCACCAAAUCCAUGCAGACCGUGCUUAAAGAUACUAACGUAAGACGAUCAGCACAGCACAGCCAGUCCGACAUGGAUAACCUGAAGGUCGCCGUGGAGACGUAUAUAAUGCAUGCAUUACAUCGGCACUUGUUCCAAACGCUGACUGCCUGUGUGUCGAGUGCGGAUUCCGAAGUUAACAAGAUGGUACGUAACAGUACAGAGGUCAAGCCACGCGACCUUGGAAUAAGGUCGGAGUUUGUACGGAACAUUGUGUCCGCCAAGAAAGAGCUGGUCAGGAUCAACAAGUUCAGUACCCCCAUGGGGCGCCUCUCCUGUCUGAAACGAGUCGUGACCAACCUUAGUAAACCGCUCUCGCAGAACAACGGAGAAACCAAUGAUCCCUUGAUAAUGAGCACAGACGACUUCCUACCGAUCCUGAUCUUGUUAGUGGUCAAGUCGGAGAUACCUAACUGGACUGCCAAUCUGAUGUAUAUGAAAUACUUCCACUUUUCAAAGACAUCGGAGGACGACGAAUACGCGUUUUACCUGACAACUGUGGAGGCUGCCCUGCAGCAUAUACGUAGUGGUUGCCUCAAGGAGGAGGCUAUAAAAGCAUACAGAAUUACGGAGUCUGAAUUCCCUGAUCAAAAGACAGUGGUUGGUAGACAGUUGUCAGGUGGAACAUCAAUUGUCGACAAAUUCUUUCAGUAUGUGCAGUACGGCGACGAGACUGCCGUGACCCAGAUGUUACGACGCCCCAGGGACAGUCAGGACCAGGUGUCACUCAAGCUGUGUCACCCGUUGUGUAGCUGUGACAAGUGUGCCAAACUGACGGCCCAGCACAGGACCGAUGUGAACCUCGUCACAGCCUACACGCGAGAUGAUCGCGGAUACACAGCUCUCCACAUCGCAUCACUGAACGGUCAGGCCCACCUAAUAGAUUUGCUGAUAAAAAAUGGGGCUUUGGUGAAUGCCAGUGAUUACCUCAGCUACACGCCCCUACAUCUAGCUUGUCAGAAGGGCCACCAGAACAUCAUUUUAUUAUUGGUGCACUUCAAUGCUGACUGUACCCAGACAGACGGGGAAGGGAACACGCCGCUACACUUGUGUGUCGACAGCGGACACGAAGAUUGUGUGAAGGCAAUGGUGUUCUUGGAGCAGGCCAAAACCAAGCUGGAUAUAAACGCUCAGAAUGUCCGCGGUGACACAGCAAUACAUCUGGCAGCCAAAUGGGGCUACGAAAACAUUGUUAGUAUCCUACUGGAGAAUGAUGCCCAGCCAAGCUUGAGGAACAGAAAGAAGCAGACACCCUUCAACAUUGCUCAAAGCUCCAAAGUCCAGGAACUGCUCAAGAUGGCUGCCAGCAUGCCCAAACUGGAAGUGAGCCGGAGCAAAUCUAAGAGUAUGUCGGAGUACGCAAUCGUGACAAAAAAGGAUGUUGCUUUAGAGGCCCCUCCGCCCCCGACCCCCAUCACCCACAUAGUUGCCUCCCUUGACCAGGUGGAGAAUCGACAGCUGGAGAAACUCUACAACUCAAUCAAUGAUGGCGACCUUCCAAUGGUAAAGUUCCACCUGGGCUGGAGUGACCUUGAGGAGGAUGAGGACUUUGAGGCGUCCCCUAUGUCCAGUGUCGAGCUGUGUCACCCUCUCUGUCAGUGUGACAAGUGUCGCCCUAUACAGAAGUCUGUAUUCUGUUCUGAGGCAGAUGAAACAACUAUGUCGAGCUCCGGACGGAAUGGUAUCAAUAUUAAUACACGGGAUGCGUCAGGUUACACACCCUUGCUUCGCGCUGUUUUGUGCGGGAACCUAGAGUUUGUCCAGCUGUUCUUGCAGAGGGGUGCCAAUGUUAAUUGUCAGACGAUAAAACACAUCACUCCUCUCCACCUGGCCUGCUUCCUUGGGGAAAAUAAGAUUGCCAAGAUUCUGGUCAAGAAUGGCGCUCAGACAGAUGUCCGGGACCAAGCAGGAGACACACCAGUCCAUAUAUGCUGUGGUAAAGGCAACAUUGCACUCCUGGACCUUCUGGUAGAGAAUUCCGCCGAUGUGAAUCUAACAAACCUACGAGGUAAUACACCGCUCCACUUGGCUGCUGUCAACGAGAAACUUAAUGUGGUGAAGCGCCUGGUCAGUCUUGGGACGAAUGUGACGGCGGUCAACAUGGACAACCUCACACCGGUACAAUUAGCUGUGAAGAAUCCAGAAAUUCAGGCCAUACUAGCCAAGUGUAUACCCAAACAAUCGCCUGUGAAGGAGGACCAGUCAGGCUUGCAGAUACAGAGUAAGUCAGCAGAUUCUCCAGUAUCCAUCCAUGACCUUUUCUCAGCUUUUGAGGCCAAGGAUUUGAGUAUACUGAAUACCUUGAAUCAUGCUAUCCGUGAAUUUGAUGCUCGAACAAGCCUCAAAACCACAACAGUCCGAGAUGCCUCCGAGAAAGCAGUGACCAUUCUUCGACAGCAGCAUUCCAUCAAGAAGUUUGACUUGCGAGGUCUAAAACAUGUCCAGUCUCUGGACAAAAGUGACCCUUUGCAUAUCUAUCGACUUUCAGUCAGUGAAAUGAACCCAGACAGUGAAAAUCAAGAUCCUCAAGGUGCUUGUUACAAUGGAGCGGACGAUGAAAAUCAUGGUGUUCCAGAUGCUUGUAACAAGAGGGUAGUGGGUGAGAAUCAUUGUUUUGAAGGUGCUUGUGGGAAGAGGGCAGAGGUUGAAGAUGUUUUGGGCAAGAAAGAAACAGCAUUGGACGGAAGUUCACAAGUCAAGAACAUCUCUAUACAAAGGAAACAAGAGAAUAGUAUUUUAGAUACAAAUGAAUCUGUUUUAGAAAUAACAAAUGAAGAUGUGUUUGAUAGCUGUACUGAAAAGGAGGUGCUCAGAGGUCCACCUGGUCAUUCUGCAACAAGGACACCAUUAGAGAAAUUAGUAACCCCUGCCGAUAAAUCGCCAGUGGUCAAAGACAUGUCAGACUUGACCCCUGCUGUGGAUAAUCAUGAGGGCAACAAACAAACAAAUGCUGUCCUUAUGGGACUAAAUUCAAACUCUUCAGUGACACAGACAACAGUGUCAAGCUCUUCAGUGGCACAGAGUACAGUGCCAAGCUCUUCUGUGACACAGACUACAGAAUCAGAACAGUCCCAGAUUCCUGGAGAAUCAGAAGUAAAUGACAGUGUGUCUUCGUGCCUUAUAGAGGAAGACGUUUCUUCUGAACCGGAAUCGGAUGGAGAUAUUUUUGAAGAAAUGGAGAAAAAUAAGUUGAAGUCUCCUCAACUUGCCAGCUAGACUAUAUUAUGUGAUAAAAUAUGUGCAAAGUCGUAGUUUUAUAUAGACGUUUCAAAGUCUUUAAAGCCAGUAUAUGUCUGCUAGAUAUUCAAAUUUUAAAUUUGAACAUUAAAUUAUUGUGUUUUUAUAGGUUUGUGGAAAAUUCACACAGCUUGGACGGUAUAACAUUAAGGUAUUCAAUAAUAUUUUACAUUAUAAAUGAGAAGUAUUUUUAGUCAGUAUAUGUCUGCUUGAUAUUCAAAUUUUAAACUUGAACAUAUAAUUAUUGUGUUUUUAGCUCACUGCGUCCGAAGG